AUGGAGACUGCCGGGCUGGGCCUGAACAUAUUUCAAGUCAUCCAAAAUGAACUCAUUCAACGUGAAGGAAACCGCUCCACCCUGGGUCUUGGGUCCCGUCUCUCCGUUCUGGAAAACAGGCUCAAGAACCAAGAAGCGAGGACCAAAAAUGGCCUAGUUUGGAGACUACACCACACCAUUGCACCUAUUUUUGCUUCCACCCCAGAGACCAGAGCCCUCGUCGAAGCACAGAGAAAACGUCUCUUGGAAAGAAAAGGAGCAAAACCGACAAAGGACGAGAAAGACCCGACGAUGCACGUCCGAGAUGACGAGCUUUGGGAAGUCCAUCGCCAUUUUCCGAGGACUGUGCUCGAGUUUAAGAAACUUCAAUUCCACCCUGACUGGGUACGAAGCUUGCUUGAAUUCUACUGCGUCAGAGUCUACCGGCCAGAUAUGAGAUCAGUAAUCAUAGGCCCCGCUGACCGCCUUGUUGACAUUCAACAUAACCUCGAGACGUGCCUCGAGGAGUUGGCUACCACUUGGGGACUCAAUUGGUUCCAAAUAGGGGGACUGGAAUUACCCAGCCCGACGCACCAUUUCCCGAAUCCCUGA